AUGUCAAUUGAAAUUGAAUCGGCCGAUGUGAUCCGUCUGAUUCAGCAGUAUCUGAAAGAGUCGAACCUUCACAAAGCAUUACAAACAUUACAGGAAGAGACAGGCGUUUCCCUCAACACCGUCGACAGCGUGGAAGGUUUCGUGUCCGACAUUCACAAUGGCCACUGGGACACGGUGCUCAAAGCGAUCCAAUCGCUCAAACUGCCCGACAAAAAGCUGAUCGAUCUGUACGAGCAAAUAGUGCUGGAAUUGAUUGAACUGCGGGAACUGGGUGCUGCCCGUUCUUUGCUGCGCCAGACCGAUCCAAUGAUUAUGCUAAAGCAACAGGAAGCGGAACGUUACAUCCAUCUGGAAAAUAUGCUGCAGCGUGCAUACUUCGAUCCGCGCGAAGCUUACCCGGAAGGUUCUAGCAAAGAGAAGCGACGAGCCGCCAUCGCUACGGCCCUUGCCGGUGAAGUGUCGGUGGUACCGUCGUCGAGACUGUUAGCUUUGCUGGGGCAAGCUCUCAAGUGGCAACAGCAUCAAGGAUUGCUACCACCCGGUACGACGAUUGAUUUGUUCCGCGGUAAGGCCGCCAUCAGGGACCAGGAGGAUGAAUCGUACCCUACGCAGCUGGCCCGCCAGAUCAAGUUCGGACAAAAGUCGCACGUCGAAUGUGCCCUAUUCUCACCCGACGGUCAGUAUUUGGUGACGGGCAGUGUGGAUGGUUUCAUCGAGGUGUGGAACUUUACCACCGGCAAAAUACGUAAAGAUUUAAAGUACCAAGCGCAAGACAACUUCAUGAUGAUGGAACAAGCCAUCCUGUCGAUGGCAUUCUCGCGUGACUCGGAAAUGCUGGCGACCGGUUCGCAGGACGGUCAGGUGAAGGUGUGGAAGCUGAUAACGGGCCAAUGCUUGCGGCGGUUCGAAAAAGCUCACUCGAAAGGAGUCACGUGUUUGCACUUUUCCCGUGACAAUAGUCAAAUUUUGACCGCUUCCUUCGAUCAUCUGAUACGUCUGUACGGUUUAAAGUCGGGCAAAAUGUUGAAAGAGUUUCGGGGACAUACGUCCUUCGUAAAUGAAGCCGUUUUUUCGCCCGACGGUCAUCAUGUGCUGAGCGCCUCGUCGGACGGUACGGUGAAGGUGUGGUCACUCAAGACGACCGAAUGCAUUUCGACCUUUAAAGCGCUGGGCACCCAUUUGGCGGUCAAUUCCGUGCUUAUACUGCCAAAGAAUCCGGAACACUUUGUGGUGUGCAAUCGGUCGAACACGGUCGUCAUCAUGAACAUGCAGGGCCAAAUUGUGCGCUCGUUCUCGUCUGGUAAGCGUGAGGGUGGUGCAUUCAUCUGUGCCACAAUAUCACCGCGUGGCGAGUUUAUAUACUGUUGCGGUGAGGAUUUGGUGCUGUACUGCUUCUCCGUGACGUCAGGAAAGCUGGAACGUACACUGAACGUGCACGAGAAAGAUGUCAUCGGGCUAACGCAUCAUCCACAUCAGAAUUUGCUCGCAUCGUACGGAUGUGACGGAUUGUUGAAAAUGUGGAAACCUUAA